UACAUGAACAGAACUACAUUAGAAGUCAGCUCAUGAUUUACUUGCUAUUCUCUGAUCUGUUCAUAAUCUGUGAGGCUUUGGCUGUGAACGAACAAAACAAAGCAGUGUGAGAACAAUUACUGAACACUUUCUCUUUUCAAGGAGAAAAACAGCUUUAACAGCUUUAAUGCACUAACAGAGUAAAUAUCUUCGAAUGGGUCUGGUUUUCUUCCUAUUUCUUGAUGUAUUUGUGUGUAGAGUUUGUCUCCUCCCUCAUCUCUUCUUGAAGUGUGAAAAGCAGGAAGUGUCUGAUUUAGUUCAAACAGUCUGUUAAUGUGUCAGUAUGGGCUCCAGUGCACUGUCUCUCACACUCUUGCUGAUGUCCUUCAUCCACUCUGGACUCACUCAAGAUUUCCCCAGAUCUACUCUGACUGUGACUCCAGACAACACAGUAUUCACUGGAGAGAGAGUGAUUCUGACGUGUGUGAUUGAGCCUGAUCACAGAGACUGGAAAUAUGAGUGGUGUAAAGACAGCAAUGAUGUGUCUAAACGUCACACUGUAAAAGGAAACACUCUCACUAUUGAACGAGCUGAAUCAUCUGAUGCGGGUCGGUACAAGUGUAAAGGAGAGAGAGAAGGAAGUUCAGACUCAAAAUCAAGCUAUGUUUCUCUCUCAGUGAAGGAACAUAAAUGUUGA